GCGGCCGGGUUCGCGCAGGCGCACACCUCCCGCCGGGCAGCAUGGCGGACACAGCGCCGCAGCCCAACAAGAGAAAGCGCGAAGUGGAUGCCGAAGAGGCGGAGGCGCUCAGCACAGAGGGGAAAGAAGCGGGCGUUGGGAAUGGUACCUCUGCCCCUGUCCGCUUACCUUUCUCCGGCUUUAGAGUGAAAAAAGUGCUGAGGGAGUCUGCGCGGGACAAAAUCAUUUUCCUACACGGGAAGGUUAAUGAGGCUUCUGGGGAUGGGGACGGAGAGGAUGCCAUUGUGAUCCUGGAGAAGACACCAUUUCAGGUGGACCACGUUGCCCAGCUCCUGAAGGGCAGCCCUGAGCUCCAGCUGCAGUUCUCCAAUGAUAUCUACAGCACCUAUCACCUGUUCCCUCCAAGGCAACUGAGUGACGUGAAGACAACCGUGGUUUACCCUGCCACAGAGAAACACCUGCAAAAGUACCUGCACCGGGACCUCCGCCUGGUCCGGGAGACGGGCGACGAUUACAAGAACAUCACCUUACCGCACCUGGAGUCCCAGAGCCUCAGCAUCCAGUGGGUGUACAAUAUUCUCGACAGGAAGGCUGAAGCCGACCGGAUUGUUUUUGAGAAUCCAGACCCCUCUGAUGGCUUUGUCCUCAUCCCUGACCUCAAGUGGAACCAGCAGCAGCUCGAUGACCUGUAUCUGAUUGCCAUCUGCCAUCGUCGGGACAUCAAGUCGCUUCGGGACCUCACCCCAGAGCACCUGCCGCUGCUCAGGAACAUCCUCCAGGAGGGGCAGGAAGCCAUCCUGCAGCGCUACCAGGUGGCGGGAGACCGCCUUCGCGUGUACCUGCACUACCUGCCCUCCUACUACCACCUGCACGUGCACUUCACUGCCCUGGGCUUCGAGGCCCCUGGUGCGGGCGUGGAGCGGGCCCACCUGCUGGCCGAGGUGAUCGAGAACCUGGAGCAGGACCCCGAGCACUACGGCCGCCGCACCCUCACCUUUGCCCUCAGAGCUGAUGACCCCCUCCUCGCGCUCUUGCAGGAGGCCCAGAGAAGCUGAGUCGGAGAAGAGCACUGAUGUCAUGAGAAUAAACUAUCGGUCUCAUUCGGUGUGGACCCACGGUGUGGCCUGCUGGGGAAGCGGAGUGGGCAGAACCUCCCACUCCGGAGGGGGAAGGUCUUAAGAAGGGG